AUCAGCUAUCUGGUCAAGACAGUCUUCACAACAAGAUUUCGCGAUCAGACCGAGGGUUUUCCGUGAAGAAGAAGAAGAAGAAUUCUGUUCCAUUUCUUAUUCGCCGAUCAAUCUGAAUAAUCCUGGUUUCGUAAUGUCAUAAACUCCUGUGAAUUUCGUCCUAUCUUGCUCAAUUCGUUUCCAGAAUUGUUUUAUCUUUCUAAUUUCUCUGCAUAAAUCUGCGAAAACAGUUUUUUCUUUGGAGAAUUUUUAUUGUUACUAUAUAUAUAUAUAUAUAUAUAUUCGGGACUGGAAGUUUGGUGCGGAGAAUGGAAAGAAAUAGAUGGCUCACAUUGGCGAUUAUUACAUGCCUGGUUCUUUGUUCCGAUGGAAGAGAACUGAAGUUCAAAUUCAAGCAUAAAAAGCAUGCUUCUAUCUACAAUCAUACACUUACCAAUAUAGUAGUGCAUUAUGCUUCUGCAGUGUACGUAUCUGAUCUGACAGAACUUUUUACUUGGACUUGCUCAAAAUGUGAUGGGGUAACUGAGGGAUUUCAAAUGAUUGAGCUGGUUGUUGACGUCCAAAGCUGCUUACAGGCAUUUGUUGGAGUGGCAAAAGAUCCGUACGCCAUUAUAAUUGCAUUUAGAGGAACUCAAGAGCACAGCUUACAGAAUUGGAUUGAAGACUUAUAUUGGAAACAGCUUGAUAUAAACUACCCCGGCAUGGAUGAUGCAAUGGUGCACCAUGGGUUUUAUUAUGCUUACCACAACACAACCAUUCGCUCAGGAAUCCUAAAUGCUGUUAAAAGGGCCAAGGAAUAUUAUGGAGAUAUUAACAUCAUAGUGACAGGGCAUUCGAUGGGAGGGGCAAUUGCUGCCUUUUGUGGACUUGAUCUAGUAGUCAACGGCAAUGCCCAGAAUGUUCAGGUUAUAACAUUUGGACAACCUCGCAUUGGUAAUGCAGUCUUUGCAACAUACUACCACAGACUUCUACGGAACACAAUACGAGUCACACAUGGACAUGAUAUUGUGCCUCAUUUGCCUCCAUAUUAUUAUUUUUUCCCCCAAAAAACAUAUCACCAUUUUCCAACUGAGGUGUGGCUCUACAGCGUUGGUUUGGAAUUUCUUAGUUAUGAUGUCGAGAAAAUAUGUGAUAAAACAGGGGAAGACCCAACCUGUAGCAGGUCGGUAACUGGAAACAGCAUAGUGGACCAUUUGGUGUAUUUCGGUGUCGAAUUAAUGUGCAAGGAGUGGCGAUCCUGUAGAAUUGUGAUGGAGCGUCCUUUGCUAGAAUAUGGCCAAGCAGAUGAUGGUGGAAAUUUUGUCUUCUCCAGAGAUCCUGCAACCCCUAUUAUCAGAUUGAAAACACAGUCGGAUGCUGGGGGCAACCACCAUUAAUGUUUAACCGCUCAGUCAUCUAGCUGGCAUUAGUCAGAGGUCCAUCAGUCGUGGGCUUAAUGGCGUGGACAAAUUUUCUCACCCUAUGGCCUGUGAGUGUCUUGUAAUGGAAUAGGGCUUGAGGGAGUUUUGUGUAUAUAAUCACCUGUGUAGUAUAUGUAUAUCAUUGUAACCCGACUUUGUGUCUGUCCGAAUGGUGACUUCUAUAUCAUUCAUUAGAUUUGGUUCUUUGUUCACAAGUGUAAACUGUAAAUAAUUGUUGUGAAUUUGAUAAUCUAUUACAAGUAAUACAAUUGAGUC